CAGAGAGUCUGGAGAGAGGCGGGGAGCUGGGAGGGGCGUAGCGAUCCCGCCUGUCACAGCACUGCAGGUGCAAGCUGCAGUUGGUGUAGUUUGCUGCAUCUGGAGGAGCUCACUGGAGAAUCUCCAACGUCGGAGCGGGCCUUCAACUACCAUUCCACCAUCUUCUGAGGAGAAAAACCAUCAAUACUGAGAGCGCAUAUUCUGGAUCAGAGGCCUUACCACCCUGGGCAGACCAGGAGAGGGGCCACCAUGUUUCGGACAUUCACUAUCUUGCUUUUUUGCAUCCGGCUGAGUAUGGGUAGGACCUCAACAGCAAUGGAGUAUCAACCGCAGCUCUGGAUAGAGUCCAACUACCCCCAGGCUCCGUGGGAGAACAUCACCCUUUGGUGCAGAAGCCCUUCUCGGAUAUCAAGCAAGUUCCUGCUGAUGAAGGAUCAGACACAGAUGACCUGGAUCCGCCCUUAUUACAAGACCUUCCAAGUUUCAUUCUUCUUAGGUGCCCUUACUGAGUCCAAGACAGGUUUUUACAGGUGUUGCUACUGGAAGGAGAAUGGCUGGUCUGAGCCCAGUAAAGUUCUAGAGUUAGAAGCACCAGGCCAGCUGCCCAAGCCCAUCUUCUGGAUCCAGGCAGAGACCCCUCCUCUUCCUGGAUGCACUGUUAACAUCCUCUGCCAUGGCUGGCUGCAGGAUUUGGUAUUCAUGUUGUUUAAAGAGGGAUACACAGAGCCUGUGGAUUACCAAGUCCCAACUGGGCCAAUGGCCAUAUUCUCCAUUGACAACAUGACACCUGAGAAUGAAGGGGUUUAUAUCUGCCGCACUCACAUCCAGAUGCUCCCCACCCUAUGGUCAGAGCCCAGCAACCCACUGAAGUUGGUGGUAGCAGGUCUCUACCCCAAACCAACUUUGACAGCCUAUCCCGGGCCCAUCCUGGCACCUGGAGAAAGCCUGAGCCUCAGGUGCCAGGGGCCAAUCUAUGGAAUGACAUUUGCUUUAAUGAGGCUGGAAGACAUGGAGAAGUCUUUUUACCACAAGAAGCCAAUAAAAAAUGAGGCCUAUUUCUACUUCCGGGCUCUGAAGAUUCGUGAUACAGGACAUUACCUCUGUUUUUACUAUGAUGGGUCAUACAGGGGUUCACUGCUUAGCGAAGUCCUGAAAAUUUGGGUUACUGACACUUUUCCCAAGACCUGGCUACUUGUUCAACCCAGUCCUGUGGUCCAAACGGGUCAAAACGUGAGCUUGAGAUGUCAAGGACCGGUGGAUGGAGUGGGGCUUGCACUGUAUAAGAAAGGAGAAGAGAAACCACUUCAGUUUUUGGAUGGCACCAGCAUCACUGACAACAAAUCAUUCUCCCUCAAGAAUGUGACCUACAGUGAUGCUGGUAUCUAUAGCUGCCGCUAUUUUCUCAACUGGAAGACCUCUAUUAAGGUGGCAACACACAACACUGUGCAGCUUAUGGUUGUAGAUAAGCCCCCUAAACCCUCCCUGUCAGCUUGGCCCAGUACUGUGUUCAAAAUAGGAAAGACCAUCACCCUUCAGUGCCGAGUAUCUCACCCAGUGCUUGAAUUUUCUCUGGAAUGGGAAGAAAGAGCAACAUUCCAAAAAUUCUCAGUGGAUGGAGACUUCAUCAUCACUAAUGUUGAAGGGAAAGGUACAGGGACCUACAGUUGCAGCUAUCGUAUAGAGGCGCACCCUAACAUCUGGUCACAUCGCAGUGAGCCUCUGAAGUUGAUGGGGCCAGCAGGCUUUCUCACCUGGAGUUCGGUUCUGAACGAAGCUAUCAGGCUGUCCUUAAUCAUGCAGCUUGUUGCCUUGCUGGUGGUAGUGCUGUGGAUAAGGUGGAAGUGUCGAAGACUGAGAAUCAGAGAAGCCUGGUUGCUGGGAACAGCUCAAGGGGUCACCAUGCUCUUCAUCCUUACGGCCCUUCUUUGCUGUGUUUCUUUUGCAGGACUGUGCAAUGGGGCAAUGACAGAAGAGACUGAAAUAAUUAUGCCAACUCCUAAACCUGAGCUCUGGGCAGAGACGAACUUCCCUUUGGCCCCCUGGAAGAACUUAACCCUCUGGUGCAGAAGCCCUUCUGGUUCAACUAAAGAGUUCGUGUUGCUAAAGGACGGAACCGGAUGGAUUGCAACUCGCCCUGCCUCUGAGCAAGUGCGAGCUGCCUUCCCUUUAGGUGCUCUAACCCAGAGUCAUACCGGCCGUUACCACUGCCAUUCAUGGGAAGAGAUGGCUGUGUCGGAGCCCAGUGAAGCCCUCGAAUUGGUGGGGACAGACAUCCUCCCCAAACCUGUCCUCUCGGCUUCUCUCCCAAUCCGGGGCCAGGAACUGCAAAUUCGAUGCAAAGGAUGGCUGGCGGGCUUGGGCUUUGCUCUGUAUAAGGAGGGAGUCCAGGAACCUGUCCAGCAACUUGGUGCUGUUGGGAUAGAAGCCUUCUUUACAAUCCAAAGAAUGGAGGAUAAAGAUGAGGGCAAUUACAGCUGCCGUACACACACUGAAAAUCUCCCCUUCAAGUGGUCUGAGCCUAGUGAACCCCUGGAGCUUGUCAUAAAAGAAAUGUACCCCAAGCCCUUCUUUAAGACCUGGGCCAACUCUGUGGUCACCCCUGGUGCCCGAGUGACUUUCAACUGCUCCACCCCCCGCCAGCACAUGAGCUUUAUUCUUUACAAAGAUGGCACUGAAAUAGCGUCCAGUGAUCGGUCCUGGUCCAAUCUAGAGGCCAGUGUAGCUCACUUUCUGAUCAUUUCGGUGGGCAUUGGUGAUGGCGGGAAUUACAGCUGCCGAUAUUAUGACCUUGCUAUCUGGUCUGAGCCCAGCGAUCCUGUGGAGCUGGUGGUGACAGAAUUCUACCCCAAGCCCACUCUCCUGGCACAGCCAGGUCCUGUGGUGCUUCCUGGGAAGAAUGUGACCCUGCGCUGCCAAGGAAUUUUUCAGGGCAUGAGAUUUGCCCUCCUGCAAGAAGGAAGCCAUGCUCCCUUACAAUUGAAGAGUGCCUCCGGGAGCUCAGUUGAUUUCCUCCUCCAUACCAUGGGAGCAGAAGACUCUGGGAACUACAGCUGUAUCUACUAUGAGACUACCAUGUCAAACAGGGGCUCAUAUCUUAGUAUGCCCCUUAUGAUCUGGGUGACUGACACAUUCCCCAGGCCGUGGCUGUCUGCUGAGCCCAGUUCUGUGGUUACCAUGGGACAGAAUGUUACUCUCUGGUGCCAAGGACCAGUCCAUGGAGUAGGGUACAUUCUGCACAAGGAAGGAGAAGCCACUUCAAUGCAGCUCUGGGGAUCCACCAGUAAUGAGGGAGCAUUUCCCAUCACCAAUAUAUCUGGUGCUAGCAUAGGACGUUAUAGCUGCUGUUACCACCCUGACUGGAUCAGCCCUAUCAAGAUACAGCCUAGCAACACUCUAGAACUCAUAGUCACAGGUUUACUCCCUAAACCCAGCCUAUUAGUCCACCCUGGUCCCAUGGUGGCCCCUGGAGAAAACAUGACGCUGCAAUGUCAAGGGGAACUUCCAGAUUCAACAUUUGUCCUGCUGAAGGAGGGAACUCAAGAGCCCUUAGAGCGACAGAGACCAAAUGGAUACCAGGCUGAUUUCUGGAUGCCCGUUGUGAGCGGUGAAGAUUCUGGCAUCUAUAGCUGUGUUUAUUACUUGGAUUCUGCUCCUUUUGCAGCUUCAAAUCACAGUGAUUCCCUGCAGAUCUGGGUGACUGAUAAGCCCCCGAAACCAUCUCUGUCAGCCUGGCCCAGCACUGUGUUCAAACUAGGGAAGGAGAUCACCCUACAAUGCCGAGGACCCCUGCCAGGUGUUGAAUUUGUCCUAGAGCAUGAUGGAGAAGAAGCACCCCAGCAGUUCUCAGAGGAUGGAGACUUCAUCAUCAACAAUGUAGAAGGGAAAGGCAUUGGAAACUAUAGCUGUAGCUACCGCUUGCAGGCCUACCCUGAUAUCUGGUCAGAGCCCAGCAAUCCCCUGGAACUGGUGGGAGCAGCAGGGCCUGCUGCUCAAGAGUGCACUGUGGGGAACAUUGUCCGAAGUAGCCUGAUUGUGGUGGUUGUGGUAGCCUUGGGGGUAGUGCUAGCUAUAGAGUGGAAGAAAUGGCCUCGACUCCGAACCAGGGGCUCUGAGACAGAUGGAAGAGACCAGACCAUAGUCCUUGAAGAGUGUAACCAAGAAGGAGAACCAGACACCACUACCAAUUCUCCUUCAACGACCUCUCAGGGAAUCUCAGUGGAACUGCCAGUCCCAAUAUAAUCAUCUUCUCCUUUACAAGAGUGUGCCUGUCCUAUCUUUACCUAUAGAUAGAAACCUGUAAAUCUACUUCGUUACCCUGGGAUUCAGCCUCAUCUACUGUUUCUUGACCUGUAACCAUCUGAGUUAGGUUAAGGGGAUUCUGGGAGCUCUACUGGGGCAAGAUGUUUCCUAACAAUUCCUCACCCCAUAACUCCCUCACUGUACUGAUUUACUGGUGCAUGAAAAUCUAUUAAAAUAUAUUCUUCUGAAUAAAGAGAGUAUUCACUAUUUAACUGCAAAA